AUGGUUGUAUUUGUCGACCUCGACGAUGCAAUUGCGGAUGGAUCGGCAUUUUUGGAGAAGCCAUUCCCUUUGAUGGUUGACCCCAUCGCGUCGGGGCCGGCGGAACUACCCGCGUCGUCUACCCCGAAUGAAAUGACCGAGGAGACCCUAAACCCCAAUCGAAAUGGGUUUUCCGCGGCUUUGAGUUGUUAUCCUAUCGUCAAAGAAAUAGCUCGCGCCAUCGACCUGAAUACCCUGUACGCCCUCUCGAGUACAUGUCGCCAGUUCCACCUGAACUUGGCACCCUUCCGCUACCAACUAGUGAAAGAGACUCUCCGAUGCGAAAAUGAAUACAUUGAAACCCUAGCAGAGAUGCUAGACAGCGGCUCUGUCCUCCCAGACAGCGUCAAAUCUGUCAUACGACUACUAAGCCGCCCAAGCGGCGAGCAUAGCCGCAUGACCCGCGGGAAAGUGGCCAAAUGCGCGCGUGACAUGGUAGGCGAAUGUCGACGCUGCGCCAAGGUUGUAUGCAGAAACUGCACAAUCAAACCCCCCUCCCAACCAGCCCUUAAAAACCGUAUCCGUCGCCUCUGCGCACCCUGCGGAACUGCACCACUCUCUUCCCACCUCUCCUACUCAACACCAGAUCCACAUAACCCCGACCCGUGGGAUGAGAAUAGCGUCGCGGCAAUUGCGUUCUCGCGCAACCCAUGCAAUUGCGAGGAAGCCGUCUGGCUAUGCACGCAGUGUGGAAUGACGCUGCGCAGUAAUGACACGACGUACCGUCGUGUCUGGGCGUGGCGCACGCGCUACAGCACGUAUCUCGGCGGAGGACUGGGUACUGGCAUUGGUGAAGGGAGUCAUGGCGUUAAGUGUGGACGUGGCGAGACCUGUCUUGCUGCGCAGGAGAUUGAACUUGAGGUUGGCUGUGAGGCUGAUGAGGGGUCUGGGUCUGACACUAGUAGUACUGAACAGAGUCCUACGGCUCCAUCGUUUGGUCAUGAAGGGGCUGGUGUCUCGACGGAUAGCCAUGACGGUGAGGAGCCCGGGUAUUUCAGACAGGAGGUUAUUGGGCUGGGUGGGGUUGUUAAGCAUAAGUCUAAAAAGAGGGUUAAUGUUGGUGCCUGUGUUGUUGAGUAUGAGGAUGAGAGGGAGACGGGGAAUUAUCUCGAGAGGGAGGAAAAGGGUCUGUAUCGCGGUUGGUGUGGGUGGUGUUCUAGAGUGAUUCCGGCGAAGAGCGAGCAGUCUUGA